AUGACGCUGGGAGAAUUAAGCUUUCACCCAAACUGAUAUUUCUCAGCCUCUGCUCUCUGUUUUUAUCCUUUCAAAGGUGCAUCUGGACAAACAGAAGUUUCACAGAUGAUCUGUAUACUGCUGGUAGCCGGUCACGGCACCGUCUUAGAGACACAAAUAAAGAACGAUGACACAGGCUUGUACAGCCACCUGACUGGGGUACCAAAGGCCUUGCUUCCUGGUAUUGGAGGAAAGAAGAUCCUUGACUUUUGGUGGGAAACUGUCAACAUGCGACAGCUGUUCACAGAAGUGUAUCUGGUCACUAAUGCAGACAAGUAUAAGCACUAUGAGCGCUGGGCCACAGCUAAUGACUUCCCAGUGGAAAAUGUGGUAAAUGAUGGCAGCACUACGUUGGAGGACCGACUUGGGGCCGUGGCUGACCUGGAGCUGGCCAUACGCAGUCGCAAGCUUCAGGACGACAUCAUGGUGAUUGCAGGAGACAUGCUGUGUGCAGACCAGAACUUUGAUAUUGCUCAAGUCAUUCGCUUCUUCAGGUCAAAGCCUGGAGAGCUGAUCAUUUACUACGAGCUGGAAGAAGGAGAGAAAAGCAGCUCCAGGGGCAUCGUGGAGGUUUGCCCUGACACCCACAGGAUAACACGCUUCUUGGAGAAACCCCAGGAUGGGCUGACAGCAUCCCGUCUGGCCAGCGUGGUGUUUUACUGCAUUCAGAGAGAUACGCUGUCCUACCUGUCUGACUUCCUCAGCCUGCAACCUCAAGCCACAGACAGGACCUUCGGACGAUUCUGGGAGUGGCUCAUCAAUGAGAAGCAGCUUGAUGUGUUUGGGAUGAAGCUUCCUACUGGCUUCCAGCUUAUUGGACAAGUGGGCCUGUCAGACUACACCAAGUGGCUCACCCACUACUCUACCAAGCAACACGACAAGCCCGCUAAACCGAUCACAUGCAGGUCGUAUGCCAGGGUUGGGUUAAUGGGGAAUCCCUCAGAUGGCUUCAAUGGGAAAACCAUCGCCAUGACCAUCUCUAACUUCUGGGCCGAGGUCACUCUAGUGGAGAGCCAGACUUUGGUCUUGGUCCCUCAUCCACUCAAUGAUCCCACUGAGUUUGGAAGCUUGCAAGAUCUGUUCUGUAUCAGCAGGAAGGAAGGGUACCUCGGAGGCCUCCGGCUGCUGCAGGCUACCUGUAAGAAGUUCUACCAGUUCUGCUCCAAACAAGGUAUCGCUUUGACAAAGCAGAACUUCACGCUGAAGUACGACACCAACAUUCCUCGGCAGGUGGGCCUUGCUGGAAGCAGUGCCAUUGUCUCAGCCACCCUGAAGUGUCUCAUGAAAUUCUACAACAUCACAGACAAUGAUCUCCCAAAACCAGUCCGAGCCAACUUCAUCCUCAACGUGGAAACUGAUGAACUUUUCAUCACUGCUGGUUUGCAGGACAGAGUUGUUCAGGUCUAUGAAGGUUUAGUCUACAUGGAUUUCAGCAAGAAGCUCAUGGAGGAGCAGGGCUACGGGAAUUAUGUUUCCAUGGACAUGAGUAAGCUCCCAUUGUUCUGGCUGGCCUACCUGAGUGACCCCAGUGACUCUGGACGCAUCCACAGCAACAUCCGACAGCGCUGGCUCAGCGGGGAACCUUUGGUCGUUGAGGCCAUGAAGACUUUUGCUGAGCUGACUGAUCAAGCGAGGACAGCUCUGCAGGACAGGGACUGGAGCCACCUGGCACAACUGAUGGACCAGAACUUUGAGCUGAGGAGGUCUGUCUACACUGAUGAGUGUCUGGGUCCGGGGAAUCUCAUGAUGGUUCAGCUGGCGAGGCAGUUUGGCUCAGCAGUAAAGUUACCAGGUAGUGGGGGGGCUGUGGUGGGUCUCUGCCUGGACCAGGCGAGACUGGUGGAGAUGAGGCAAGCUUUCCAGGAGGCAGGCUGUGUCUUCUGUGUCAUCGCACCAUACAACCCAUCUGCUGGCGCUGUCGGUGGCCAACACUAACCUCAUCUCUACCCACAACUCAGUCAGGCUGCUCAGGGCCAACCUGCGGCCAUCGGCUGGAUAUGGCACAGUGUGGCCCUCUGUGUUCCUAUCAGUCAUUUCAAUGUCAUUGCAUUGGAUUUGUUAUUGAAAUUACCCCCCAAAAAAAAGAUCAUGAUCAGUUACAUGAAAAUUUCCUAAAGCCAGAUUUAAACCAUAACAGUUAGGGUUCCUAUCAGGAUCUCCAGUCUUUGGUGAUAGUUUCCGCAGUAAUUUACCAGAUCGACCAAAUAAUGUUUAGUCAGACAGCAAGUUUUUUUUUUUAUUUUAAUCUUUGUCUCAAUAGAAAAUCAGUGAAUCUUCCAAUUUUUGCUGCGAAUUAUUCCUAGGUCCAGUGAGUUGACGCCUUUGUUUCAAAUUUAUUAUCCACAUCAAUGUUAAUGUGAUGGAGUUAUUUUUCUACCUGUCAUACAAUUGUAUAGACUUAAUUCUAUUAUCAUUUUAUAAUGAAUGUAAUUUAUGUAUACAAAUUAAAAGCUACUUUU